AUGUCUGCACUGACGGAAAUCUCGCUUCCAAGCUUUCAAAAGAUUGCUUCGGGCAAAGUGCGCGAUCUCUUCGAGCUGCCCGACAAAAACACCCUCCUUUUUGUGGCCUCUGACCGAGUGUCUGCAUACGAUGCUGUUCUCAAAAACCCUAUUCCAGACAAGGGAAAGAUUCUGACUCUUGUUUCGGCGCAUUGGUUCAAGGUUUUGGUGGACCGUAUUCCUGGUCUGCGCACCCAUUUCAUCAGCCUUGAUCUUCCUAAAGGCGUUACCGCUGAGGAGGCAAAAAUCAUUAAGAACAGAUCAAUGAUCGUCAAGAAGCUUUCUGUUAUCAAGAUCGAAUCCAUUGUACGAGGCUACCUGACUGGAUCCGCUUACAAGGAGUACAAGAAGAGCGGAACCGUCCAUGGCAUCGCCGUUGAGCCUGGCAUGGAGGAAGCCCAGAAGUUCAAGCAGCCCCUCUGGACACCAAGCACCAAGGCCGAUGCCGGAGAGCAUGACGAAAACAUCCAUCCUGAUGAUGCUUGGAAGGAAGUUGGCGACCGUGAGACUGCAGACCGUGUCAAGGAGCUUUCUCUUCAGAUCUAUGAAGAGGCCGCUAAGUACGCCGAAGAACGAGGCAUUCUCCUUGCUGACACCAAGUUUGAAUUCGCCAAGGAUGGAGAGGGAAAUAUCUACCUCGUUGACGAAGUCUUGACCCCUGACUCUUCUCGAUUCUGGCCAGCUGCUGGCUACAUGCCCGGUCGCGACCAGGACAGCUUCGACAAGCAGUUCAUCCGAAACUGGCUCACCAAGGAAGGACUCAAGGGCAAGGAAGGCGUGGAGCUACCCCAGGAUAUCGUUCAAGCUACAUCGGACCGCUACAGAGAGGCCUUCCUCAUGUUGACUGGUAAGAAGUUCGAAGAUAGCCAAUAG